AUGGCCAUGGUGUUAUGGGGGUCGAGACUCAACUUCGUACCACCACCCCGCAAGCCAACGGAGGUUGGUGGAGAUCAGGAUCUACCACCGGCUGUCCCGAUUGACGAGAGUCUGCAUGUCCAACCCCGCAUGAGCGACGGAGACGAGCCCCUACUGCUCGAUGGAGGUGAGACGUGCCGACGCGGUCGCGUGAACACUGGUGACUUUGGGGUGCCUUCUUUGGACACUCGACAGUCGUACUUCUCCAACAACUUUCCCACAAGGCCCGAGGUGCCUGCGGCCCCGAACCGGAUAUUGCACAACCACCAUAAAGCUUGCAUCGAGCACAUGAUGAAGGAGCUCACCACCCUCUCAGGCAGGCGCAAGCUCCAGAAGGAGGUCGCUUCCCGCAGGCAGCCCGAUCUGCAAGAAGACGCGAAGAAGGCACCAUCGCCCAAGCCACGUGGGUGGAACUUCACACGGCCGUGGCGAUACUCGGACCAGCUGUCAGGACCAAAGAAGUCCUCGGCAGAAAUCAAGAAGAUGGUCAAAGAGUUCGUGAGGGAGAUGGUGAAGGGCAAGGAGAUGAACGUGUUGCGUGUGGAUGGCAGUCUCAUGGAGGUGAAGUGUGGGCUCACAAGGACCCUGGAUGCCCUGAAGAUCAAGUCGGGCGGGGAGACGCGUAAUCUACGCCUCGGUGACGUGGAGAAGGUGCUCCAUGGGGCCCCCGACGAGCUGAAUGACCUCUCAACUCCCUUGGACGACGCCUGCGCCACACUCCUCCUCCCAGAGGAGUGUAUCUCCUUCAAGUUCGCAGACGCGAAGAAGGCGGAGCUCUUUACCUUGUGCAUGAACCUCUUUAUCGAUGGCAUCCGAAAGGGAAAGUGCGUCACCGAGCAUCCGGACGUUCGCUUCCCGGUGCUCGUGCCCAACCUCCGAGGAUUGGAGGCGGCACUGGCAGCAGGAGCAAAGGAGGUCACCCUCCUUGCUGCUGCAAGCGACACCUUCGCCCAGAAGAACACGAACUGCACCGUUGAGGAGAACUUGGAGAGGGCCAGGGCAGUCAUGGAACGAGCGCAGCAAGCUAAUUGCUCGGUGCGCGCAGCCAUCUCUGUCGGCCUCGGAUGCCCGUAUGAGGGUGAGGUGCCUCCUAGACAAGUGGCCAAGGUGGCUGCUCGCCUUUACGAGGCAGGCUGCGAGGAGCUCUUGAUUUGCGACACGACGGGUGUGGGUACCGCAGCCGGAGUGAGGCGGGUCCUUGAGGAGGUGGCAGGUGCGGGUGUCCCCAUGGAACAAAUUGGAGUCCAUUUCCACGACACCUACGGCCAGGCGGUGGCCAACACCUUAGCAGCAUUGCAAUUUGGCGUUCUCCGCGUCGACGCCGCUGCUGGCGGCGUGGGCGGUUGCCCUUUUGCAGGGCCAGGAGCCAGCGGCAAUGUCGCUACCGAGGACGUGUUGCGAUUGCUAGAGGGACUUGGGGUCGAAACGGGCAUCCAAGCCUUACCGUUGGCACAGACCGGGCAGUGGCUGACGGUCCAUGUCCUCGGGAAGGAGAAUGGUGCAAAGGCGGGGCCGGCACUGCUUCGCGCAGAAGGCUCGGCGAAGCCGGCGCAGAGGUCCAAGGAACCUUCGACAUCGAGGCCCCUCCAGGGCCUCAAGGUUUUGGAGGUCGGACCCGGCCUAGUUGCAGGAGGUUGGACAGGCCCCAUUGCCUCAGCUCAAACAGCGCACUUUGUUUCAAGCUGCCUUCAUCUGCUGCAAAACAUGGCCCGCUCCCGCUCCGUCACUGGUGCCAUCGUGACUGCACUCGGCCUCGGCUUUGUAGCCUGUCAGCUUGGCGGUGCCUUCGUGGGAUCCUCCCCGCAGCUGCGGGGAGGCCCUCAGGUGGUGCGGCAUGUGGGAGUUGACUAUCUUCUGCGCAACGGCCCCAAGGAUGCCGACCCUCCUCUUAUGGACCCAAACACUGCCUCAGGUGCCACCCACGAGAUCGAGUUCAAGAAGAAGCCUUUCGGAAUCCUCCGCUACGCGCCCGGAGCGAGCGGCAACGGUGCCGUGGUCCGCGAGGUGAAGCAGGAGUCCCGCUACCCAGGCGACCCACAGGGCCAGGCUUUCGUGGCCGGCGUCCAGCCGGGUUGGGUCGUGGCCUCCGUGAACGGCCAGGAUGCAAAGAGCAUCAAGUUCGAAGACCUCAUGGAGUUCAUGGACGACGAGGUCCUGGACCCUGUGGCAGCCCUGUCCCUGAACUUGAAGGAGAACGGCGUCUCCUCCGAGGGUAAGGGCAUCGGUGAGAGCACUUUCACCUUCGGUGGUGGCAACCUCGCGCCACUGCCUAUCAAGGUUGUGUACCAGGUGGACAGUGGACAUUAUAUCCUGUGGAAGAGUGAUGGGUACACAGCGAGCUGCUGCUGCAGCGGCGUCUCGCUUGAUCCGACUUCUUCGCUGCGGGCUUUCGUAAGCGAAGCUUUCUCUGCGCUGGUUGCAGCCACCUCGAGGGAAAGCGCCUUCGCUGUUGCCAAGGGGCCCCGGAGAGCCUUUCUGGCAGCGGCUGCUGCGGUUGCCGCCCCGAGCGCUGCCUCUGCGGAGGACUUCGCUGGCUGGGAAGGCAAGCUCCGUGCGGUGGCGACUGCGGGACUUGCAUUGGCCAGUGUGGGCCUAGCUCUGCGAGGAGGAGACGGGUGCGAGCUCCUCGUCGGUACCGGCUCUGGAGCCCUAUCAGCCACCCCGGCCUCUUCAAAGGCGGCAUCGAAUUCGAACUCCAGAGGAGGGAACAUCGUGUGGCAACGCGAGCAUUUCAGUUCACCAGCUUCGCACCACAAGGAGAGAUGGUUCCUGGCCUUGGGGAGCAAGAUCGUUGGUGUCCAGCACUAUGAUGGUGUCGUGUCUGACCGCGAGAACGUGGUUCUGCGACGUCAGCCAACGAACCCCUACGAUCGCAAUGCCAUCCAGGUCCUGAACAUGCGCAGUGAGCAGAUUGGCCAUGUUCCGCGGGAGAUGGCCGCCGCCCUUGCCCCCGUCAUGGACCGGCUAUCUGCUCUUCAGGGAGGCGAAGGACAGGAGCUUCGGGUCGAGGGAUCCAUUCCGCGUGGCUCCGGCAACGUGUUCUCGAUUCCAAUGAGACUGCAGGUUUUCGGCCAAGAUCCGAGCGGGCGCUUGGCCCCACAGCUUCGAGAUCUAGGGGAGCGCCUGCGUCGUACAUACUGUGCGGCCGCACGUGGUUCUGUGGAGGUGGUGAGCUCGCCACAGGAGGAUGGCACGCCCGUCGCUGACAUGACGCCGGAGAUGUGGCGCAGCAUCGCCGGUGGCAAGGCGCUCAAAGUCCCCAAGCCGACAGGGCCCAGCAUGGGGGACAUCAUCGAACGAGAGCUGGAAGGGAUCUUCCGCGAUCCACGAGGCUACGAAGCAGCACCCGAAGCCUCGCAGCCGACGGAACUCAUCACUGGCCUCUAUCCUCACCAGCUGAAGGCGCUGCACUGGAUGCUGCAGCAGGAGCGCAUCCUGACAGUCGAGGAGAAGUUGGCCGAGGCGGCUUCUGAAAGCGAGGGGACCUCGGCGGCUUCAUCGGCCCCCCGGGGGCGUACGAAGGCCGCGAGAUCUGCCGCAGCCCCGUUGCAGCAGGUUUUCUUUUGGACGAAGGAAGUGUCUCCUUCCGGGAUUGUGUACAAGAACCUGGCGACGAACUCGGCAUUUAAGAAGCCGCCGCGGUUGCCGCGAGGCGGCAUCCUUGCCGACGACAUGGGCCUCGGCAAGACGAUCACGACCAUUGCCUUGAUCCUUGCCAGCCCACAGCGGGAGUCUCGUGCAGCAGCCGGGAAGUCACCAGGCAAAAACCUUGUUGUUUGCCCGCUGUCGGUGCUCUACAACUGGUCGGAGCAGCUGAAGUUGCAUGCGCCAAGCCUUCGAGUCAGGACGUAUCACGGUCCAGACCGCGAUCGCCACCCGAAGACUUUUGGUCUGCAUGACGUGACAUUGACUACCUAUGAUGUUCUUCGGGCGGAAGCCAGGGACAAGAGCCAGGGCCUGGGCUCCGUUGCUUGGCAGCGGGCUGUUCUCGAUGAGGCUCACGUGAUCAAGGGCCAUCGGCAAGCGACGGCGCAGGCUGUGUUCCAGCUCAUCACUGCUGAAUGCAAGUGGUGCCUUACCGGGACGCCCAUCCAGAACUCCGUGGAGGACCUCUUCUCCUUGGCCCGUUUUCUGAAGCUCGAGCCCUUUGAUCAGUUCGAUUGGUUCAACAGGACCAUCCUCCGACCUCUGAAGAACCGCGAUGUCUCGGGUUUCGAAAGGCUUCAGCUGCUGUUGCGGACCUGGUGUUUGCGGCGGACCAAGGACAUGAGCAUUCAGGAUGCUGAGACAGGGCUUUCCCGGCCACUGUUGAUGCUGCCCCGGAAGACGCUGGAGGUUGUCAAGGUGCCACUGGACCCCGGCGAUCGGGUGCUCUAUGAUCGUUUGUUCAACUGCGCAGCGGAGCGUGUCAAAGAGCUGGAGGAGAGGAGCCAGCUGGGCCAAAACUUCUCGCAGGUGCUGUCCCUGCUUGUUCGGCUCCGCCAGCUUUGCUGUGCCAGCUCCUUGCUCCCGUCUGCGCUUCUGACCGAACUGCGGCAAGGGAAAGGCGAUGCUGCCCGGGUCCUCGAAGCCGCCACAGCUGCCCUGGGCAAGGACAAGGUUGAGCAUCUGCUUCGCAAUCUCGCCCAAGCGCAGGAAGACGACUGUAGCAUCUGUAUGGAGUCGGGCUGUGAUAUCGUCACGCGCUGCGGUCACGUAUUUCACCGUGGCUGUAUCGAAGCCGCGCUGCGCCAACUCGGCCAAGGAAGUGCCGGGUUGUGCCCUCUUUGCCGCGGCCCCAUCAAAAAGUCGGAGCUCUUGGAGAAGCCUGCUGAGCUGGAGGUGGUAGAGGGAGACGACGGCAGCGAUAUCCAUGCGGGCGCAAGCGCCAAGAUCAAGGCUGUGCUGGCCUUUUUGGUGGAGAACGUCUUCAACAAGAGCGACGAGCACCUUCAAAAGCCGCACAAGGCCGUGGUGUUCUCCCAGUUCACCAACAUGCUGAACCUGGUGCAAGCAGAGCUCCUCCGGCGGAAUUUGCCUUUCGUCCGCUUAGACGGCUCCCUGAAGCACGAGCAGCGAGUACAGGCGCAGCAGAGCUUCGCGGGGCAUGGGCAUAUUCAGGUCAUGCUAUGCAGCCUUAAGGCGGCUGGCACAGGAUUGAAUCUCACGGCCGCAGACUUCGUACUUCUAAUCGACCCGUGGUGGAAUCCUGCCGUGGAGGACCAGGCCAUCGACCGACUCCACCGCUUGGGCCAACGUCGCCCUGUGCGUGCCCUCCGCUUCGUUGCCGAGCGAACAGUGGAGGAGCGUAUCCUGGAUGUGCAGAAGCAGAAGCGGGCCAUUGUUGAAGGAGCUCUUUCCAAGAAGUCUCGCGACGAGAUUCAGAAGAUCCGCUUGGAGAUGAUGGCUUCCAUCUUUGAGCCGCUUUAG